AUGUCGCUGAACUCUGCCCUGCUGAAAGGACCCGACCUGCUAACCAACCUCAUUGGUGUGCUGAUACGUUUCCGACAACAUCCGAUAGCGUUGAGCGAGGAUAUUGUUAAAAUGUUCCAUCAAGUAAGGGUGCGACCAAAAGACGGGCCGGCACUUCGCUUUUUCUAUCGCGACCCGGGUAUACAGGAACCACCCUCCGUUUACCAAAUGAACGUGCAACCCUUCGGCGCAGUUUGCUCUCCGACAAUUUGUGCUCACGUUCUACGUCAAGCAGCCGAAGACGGCGGGAUUGAUGCGGCCGACGUUACCAACCAAAUAAUCGACCAUUUUUACGUGGAUAAUUGGUUGACAUCAUUCCCAACUGCCAAAGAAGCUAUUCAGCACGAAAAAAGGGUGGCAGACGUUCUACUUCGAGGAGGAUUCGAGCUCGCCCAAUGGGGUUCAUCAUGUCCAAAAGUUCUGUUGUCGUUGCCUGGCAAUCCAGUCUCAUCCAUCGAUUUAGCCCUACACGGAAUGCCCAUAGAGCGGACGCUGGGGCUUUCACUCGACUACGGCAGCGAUUCGUUUGUGGUGAGCGCAAGCAUAAAUCUGGAUGGAGCGACGAAACGAGAAAUAAUUCGAGAAACGUCAAGCGUCUACGACCCAUUUGGGUUUCUUUCACCGGUGUUCCUACACGCAAAACUUAUCCUGCAAGCUGUAUGUAGAAAAUCGGUUGGCUGGGACGAUCUACUAGACCAGACAACCGUCGAUGAGUGGCAACAUUGGGCCGUCUCCCUCUCGAAGCUAAACCCGCUCUCCGUCUCACGAUGUUUCAACCCAGAGCUAGCAAAAGCGCAAGGUGUGGGACUUCAUCUGUUUGCUGACGCAUCGGAAUCGGCAUUUGGUGCCAUCGCCUAUCUCCGAUUUGACAAUCCCGACGGCGUAAAGGUGUUAUUUGUCAUGGCCAAGGCAAGAGUGGCACCCAUCAAAUACGUUUCGAUUCCCAGACUUGAGCUGUGUGCAGCAUUACUCGCCGUCCGUCUAGCAUCAGUGAUCAAGUCAAAACUCCGACUAAAAAUCGACCAAGCCACAUUCUGA